UGUUUUUUGCCCAGAGCAUUGUCCAUCAUCAGUGUUUUCUACAAAAAAGCCUUAUUAACACUAUAAAAUCUAUUAUAAGCAAAGAAAUAUGAUGAGCCGAGUGAGUUAGUCAUAUUUGAUGGAACAGGAAGCAAUGGAGUUCACUGGCCCUGGGGUGAUAAGAUGCUUCUCUGUCAGCUUAGGCACCACUCCUUUGUAUGAAUGGAAUUCUUUGGAAGACAGAUGGGAGUACAUAAUGUUACAAUGUGGAAUACAGAAUGAGAUGAGAUCACAGCAGCAGCCUGUCCAUCCUUUGUAAACCUGGACAAUGAUCAGGGGUGCGGAAUCCGGCAGCAUAUUUAGGAGCUGCUCAUUGUGGUUUCAUUCAAGCUGCUGGACACCACAAGGCGACCUCAGGGAGAAAUGAUCAAGCUACACAGGCAGAGCUAUAAGAACCUACAGAAUGUCAGCACUGCUUCUCCUGCCAGGGUAUGCAAAUCAUCCAAAGGAAAGGCUUCAGCUGCUCAGAAGACCCACGUGAGUAGGGGGGCACUGUCUUGUGAUGCACACCCCCACCUGGCUCAGGAACUUGUGGCACAGCAAGUGGAACUCCUGCAGGUUCUUCACAGAAAUGAUGAGAUGUGGAGACUUGCAGUACAGGACACUACUAAGCACAUUCAAAGCACUGAAAAAAAGACUUCGCGGUUUAGUCGACGCAAACAAUCUGUACAGCCCAAAACAAAAAGCCUUAGCACGCUGCCAGCCUACAGCACAGACAAACAGAAUGCCCCCACUGUGCCAGCUUCGCCCAUCAACUAUGAGACACAGGGGUGCAGAGAGCAGCGACCACAGAUUCCCAAGGAUGAAGCCACUUUGCCCCUUACUGCCCAGACAGUCCCAAAAAAAACACCAAGUCUACUGGAGAAAAUUGGGCUGAAACUAAAGAGGACUGUGGAAUAUAUCGGUGCUUCUAACUGUGCCUUUGAAGACGACUAAAGGAAGACAUGCCAAAAUAAACAGCUCUGCCAGUUUCUACACUUGCUGAUGACUGUAACAAAGCCAAAAAUGAUGAGAAUUUAUUUAUGCUAUCAUUCUUUCACUACUAGUGCACUAGCAAAUCUUACACAAAGAAAAAAAGAAUAGCACAAGAUCUAAAUUCUGGGUUGUCGUGCUGCCUCCCAAAAACAUUGCUGGAAGAUCUGCCACAGGAUUAACAUGAACAACAAAAUGAGGUGGAAUUUUAAUACAUUUGUUUCACAAUAUAGUUUUAUUGUGUUGAGAUAUUUAAUGUUUUAGUACAAUGAUCCCUCCAAGAUUGUUUUCACACGUGCACUGGUUCAUGGUUUGUAAAAAGAAUUUAUCUAGACUUUUCCAACAGUGAUCCUUUGCCAGGGAGAUCACUGAUUCAUUUAUGCAGUCAAAUGAAUGGUCUUCCCCCUGUGCAUCUGAGGGGCUAAUGUUUGAGGAAUCACACCAUUAGAACAUUAAAUAUCUAGAGAUGAUGUGAUGUGAAAUAAUAAGACUGUUUUGUGAAACUGGUUAGUUAAAUACAUGCUCUAAAACUUGUUUAAUUUUAACUAUUUGAAACCUCACCUGAAGCAAGAAAAUGCAGAAGAGACUGUAAAUGUACCUAAAGGCACUAUGGGUUUUCUAUAUCUGUUUGGAUAGAAUGAGACAUGGACUUUAUAUCUGGGUUCCGGCAAUUUGUGGUGGUGGUUCUGGCCCUUGAGUGUUCAAGGCAAUAUGCCUUUUGCCCUACGCUGCUGCCAGUGCCCUACUUAAAGAUAAAGCCAUUCCGCUUGUAAGGCCACACAAUCUAUUGUUCCUUUGUUUAAUAUACGUUUCUAAAGAGGGCAGGGGGAUGGUAAAGAACCUGUUUCUUGCUGUGUUCUUGUGCUCUCCACUUCCUAUAGUGCCCUACUAUGCUUCAUCCAAGUCCUUGCUCUAGUUUUAUAAUAACCUAGGGGUCUUCAGCCUUUGAAAUGAAUCCUGCCAGAUCCUGGUGAAAUACAGCUUCCGGCAACAGAGUAUGCUGCAACAAUAUUUAUUACUUUAUAUAAAUGUUUAAAUGAUUCCUGGCCACCAUUCUUUCUUUGUUGGCAGUGUUAAAUGUUGACAUUUAAUCCACAAUGAUGACAGGGGAGAAAUGAGAUGUUUCUCCUAGCCUAAUAUGUUUUAUAUUUAUGUUAUUUAUACAAACUUAUAUUUAUUUAUCUGUGAAAUGUUGUUAUUUGCACUUUCAUAGAAAUAAAUUGUGUUUAGUGUUAA